AUGGCAAAAUCACCACGCAUUGCAGUAGAUACGGAUAUCUAUCUAUCAACCAAAUAUGACGAUGACUGGCAGUCGGAGACGACGUCUAUCGGUUCCUCAAUCUAUCAAGGUCUUAUGGAAAAUGGCAGACGAUAUCAAACAUUGAGCAACAAGGAAUAUCUGAUUCCAUCCGAUGAACAGGCAUUUGAAUCCUACGAAGCUGGACAUUUGCUCGCUAUGGUUUUAGAUUCAGACAGAGAAAACCCACUGUUUAGAUCGCCGAUCGGGAAGAACCCUAAGCAUAUCCUCGACAUUGGAACGGGCAAGGGUGAUUGGGCUAUUGAUGUUGCCGACAUGUUCCCAAAUACGACCGUCCGAGGAGUUGACCUCUUCCCUCCUCCAGUGACAUGGAUGCCGCCCAACUGCAUCCUUGAAGUCGACAAUGUCCUAGAGGAAUGGACCUGGAGAGAGCCCCUGGACUUGAUCCACAUGCGUAUUAUGAUCGGCUCAUUCGACCCGGCCGGAUGGGAUCGCGUCUAUACAAGCUCCUUUAAGAGCCUCCGACCAGGAGGCUGGAUCGAACAACUCGAAGGCAGUCCCUUCAUCCUAUGUGAUGACGACAGCCUACCUGCAGACAGUAUUCUGCGAGAAUGGGGCUCGACAAUGAUGGGUUGUGGUGAGCGCGCCGGACGCUCACUAGACACCAUGGAUACCAUGCGCGGCGCGAUGGAAAAAGCCGGGUUUGUGGAUUUCCAGGAGAAGACAUAUCUAUGGCCGAUUGGGCCGUGGGCUCGCGAUCAGAAAUUUAAAGAGGCUGGUGUUGUUAAUUAUCACCAUUGGCUUUCUGGGAUGGAGGGUUGGUGUAUGUGGUUGCUUACGCAUUUCGGUGCGCCGGAUCCUUGGUCGAAGGAUGAAGUUACUGUUUAUUUGGCCAAGAUUCGAUCGGAGAUUAAGAAUCCGAGAUAUCAUCUUUAUCAGAAAGCACGACGUGUGUGGGCGCGCAAGCCUUUUCCCGGCGAACUUACGCCUGAGAUGACUCCGAUUAAGGAGGAGGCGUGA